AUGCGUGUGUCCGUCCAGCACCCGCUGAGCCUCUCCUCCAUCCCGAUCCCCUCCAAGCCUUUGGUCGAGCCGCCCUUCCUCCCGUCAGCCUCGCCCCCGUGGUCGCCCGCUGUGACUGACAAUGGUCCUGCAACAAAGCCAGGAAACCCUCGCCGGGAAGCGGGGCAGGCCGAGGCCUUCCUGCUGCGCUCCCUUCCCGAGCGCCGGUGUUUGGAAAACAUUCCUCCCACGGAGGCGUUUUGCCUAUUUACGGAGAAGCAGCACGGCUUCGGCUCCGAAAAGUCGGCUAUCCCACCCUCCCAACUGCCCAGCCUGAAUUCCAGGGGUCCCCCUCCUGCCACCUUCUGUGCCACCUUCAGUAGCCCCUCCUCUAGAGCCGCGGUGAAUGCAGACAGGAAGCACAUUCCUCGCAACGGGAAAAUGGAACCCAGAAAUGGAAGCGUCUUCACGAAUGCUCUGCGCACACCUCAGCCAGAGUUUUCCCAGCCCUCCCACCAGACGGGGCCACCUCUCCCCUGGCCCCUGACUGACCAGAACUAUGGGACCCAGGCAACCAAAAGAGGAGAGAGAGUCACUGACCACUUAGAGCGCCGAAUGAGAUUCCAUCCCAUUCCACCACCCAGGCUGGGAAGAGAGGAGCAGCUGCAACAUAAGACCCCCACAAGAACUCGGUGGCUGGUGGCUAUUGGAGCAAUCCCUGCGGCUAUGGCUGGGGGGAUGCUGGAAGAUGCCAGAGUCCUGGAUGGAAUCAGGCCCAAGGGUCUGGACUUGAGGAAUCCAUCCCGUGGUGACAGCCUCCCGAAGAGAGAAUCAAAGGCCCCGGAACCAGACCUCCCCAUCAGCCCGAGCAUUAAGCUGCUCCCAGGGAGUGAUAGGUCUGGGGAUGCCAUGUGCAGACCAGAUGCCACCUCUACUCCUUCAUCCCUCUCAAAUGAGCUGACAGGGAAAUCCCAGUGGGCAGGAACAAGGAAUGGAAGGAUCAACCCCCCGACCCCCGGGGCAAUACAUUGGAAUCUGGGGGUGGGCCCCUCUCCUCCUGCCGGCUCCGCACUCGCCUGCUCCGCGCUGCCAUGGACGGGCGGGCGGGUGCAGCAGCAGCCUCCGCAGCAGCAGCAGCAGCAACAACAGCCGCCGCUGCAGCAGCCCCAGCAACCUCAACAGCCCCAGCAGCCGCCUCUGAGCCGGGCGGCGAGCGGGGGAGACGAGUCCGAGGGGCAGGGGGAGGCGGAGGCGGAGGAGGAAGGCGGCAAGAGGGGCCGGCUGCGGAGCCGGGGCAGCAUGGGCGGCCGGACUAGCAAGACCUCUCCCGGCACCCCGGGCGGGGGCGGGAGCACCCCGGUGGGCAAAGGCAGCUCCAACGGGGAAUGCCGCCGGGGGGACCUGCAGUGCAGCCCGGCCGGGCCCGAGCCCGCGGGGCCCGGGGGAGACGGAGCCGGCGGCCCCCCGCGGGAGCCCAAGGUCUCCUUCUCGUGCGGGGCCGGGGCGGCGGGCGGCUCCCUGGGCACGCUCAAGGCGGCGGGCGACGAGGGCGGCGGCAGCGAGGAGGCCGGGGCCAGCGGCGAGACGCGCGGCAGCCAGGCCAGCUUCAUGCAGCGCCAGUUCGGGGCCAUGCUCCAGCCCGGGGUCAACAAGUUCUCGCUGCGGAUGUUCGGCAGCCAGAAGGCCGUGGAGCGGGAGCAGGAGCGGGUCAAGUCGGCCGGAGCCUGGAUCAUCCAUCCCUACAGCGACUUCAGGUUCUACUGGGACUUCACGAUGCUCCUGUUCAUGGUGGGAAACCUCAUCAUCAUCCCCGUGGGCAUCACCUUCUUCAAGGACGAGACCACGGCCCCCUGGAUCGUGUUCAACGUGGUGUCCGACACCUUCUUCCUCAUGGACCUGGUGCUCAACUUCCGGACGGGCAUUGUCAUCGAGGACAACACCGAGAUCAUCCUGGACCCAGAGAAGAUUAAGAAGAAGUACCUGCGGACAUGGUUCGUGGUAGACUUCGUGUCUUCCAUCCCCGUGGACUACAUCUUCCUCAUCGUGGAGAAAGGCAUAGACUCCGAGGUCUACAAGACAGCCCGCGCCCUCCGCAUCGUCCGCUUCACCAAGAUCCUCAGCCUCCUUCGCUUGCUACGCCUCUCCCGCCUCAUCCGCUACAUCCACCAGUGGGAAGAGAUCUUUCACAUGACCUAUGACCUGGCCAGUGCCGUCAUGCGUAUCUUCAAUCUCAUCAGCAUGAUGCUGCUGCUGUGUCACUGGGAUGGCUGCCUCCAGUUCCUGGUGCCCAUGCUGCAGGACUUCCCCAAAAACUGCUGGGUCUCCAUCAAUGGCAUGGUGAAUAACUCAUGGAGCGAGCUGUACUCCUUCGCCCUCUUCAAGGCCAUGAGCCACAUGCUGUGCAUCGGCUACGGGCGCCAGGCCCCCGAAAGUAUGACGGACAUCUGGCUCACCAUGCUCAGCAUGAUUGUGGGUGCCACGUGCUACGCCAUGUUCAUCGGCCACGCCACGGCCCUCAUCCAGUCUCUCGACUCCUCCAGGCGCCAGUAUCAGGAGAAGUACAAGCAGGUGGAGCAGUACAUGUCCUUCCACAAACUGCCAGCCGAUUUCCGCCAGAAGAUCCAUGACUACUACGAGCACCGUUACCAGGGCAAGAUGUUCGACGAGGAGAGUAUCCUCGGGGAGCUCAAUGGGCCCCUUCGGGAGGAGAUUGUGAACUUCAACUGCCGGAAGCUGGUAGCCUCCAUGCCCCUCUUCGCCAACGCCGACCCCAAUUUCGUCACGGCCAUGCUCACUAAACUCAAGUUCGAGGUCUUCCAGCCAGGGGAUUAUAUCAUCCGGGAAGGCACAAUCGGCAAGAAGAUGUACUUCAUCCAGCACGGGGUGGUCAGUGUCCUCACCAAGGGCAACAAGGAGAUGAAACUCUCCGACGGCUCCUACUUUGGCGAAAUCUGCCUGCUGACCCGGGGCCGGCGCACGGCCAGCGUGCGGGCCGACACCUAUUGCCGUCUGUACUCGCUGAGCGUGGACAACUUCAACGAGGUGCUGGAGGAGUAUCCCAUGAUGCGCCGCGCCUUUGAAACCGUUGCCAUCGACCGGCUGGACCGCAUAGGCAAAAAGAACUCCAUCCUCCUCCAUAAAGUCCAGCAUGACCUCAACUCGGGGGUCUUCAACAAUCAGGAGAAUGAAAUCAUCCAGGAGAUCGUCAAGUAUGACCGGGAAAUGGUACAGCAGGCGGAGCACGCAGCCCUGUACCCGCCCCCCCAGCCCCAGGUCACCUCGGCCAUUGCCACGCUGCAGCAGGCCGUGGCCAUGAGCUUCUGCCCCCAGAUGGCCAGCCCCCUGGUGGGGCCCUUGGCCCUCAGCUCGCCCCGCAUGAUGCGUCGCCUGCAGUAUGCCCAGGCCAUGCCCAGUCCCUUCUCCGUCUCACCCGUCCUGCUCCAGCAGCAGCAGCAACAGCAGCAGCAGCCACCGCCGCCACCGCAGCAGCAACCGCAGCCGCCACCUCCGCCCGCCGUGCCCACACCCCAGGGCCUCCCGGCCUCCACCAGCGCCUUCACCUCAGUGGUGUCCAGCCCCCCGUCCCAGAGCCCCAAGGCCAGCCGGACCUUCCCCUACGGGGCCAGAGGGGAGGCCGGCUCCCAGUUGUCUCUGUCGCAGGCCCGAGGCCCCGGCUCGCCCCAACGCCUGGCCGUCCACAAGAGCACACAGGCCCUGCACACCAGCUGCUUGAGCCAGGAGUCCCGGCCCCUGUCGGCCUCUCAGCCCUCGCUCCCCCACGGGGCCUCCCAGCCACCGGUCCCCAGUCCCCCUCCCUCGGCCCGGGAGUCUAGCAGCUCUGUUGGGGGGCCCCCCCGGCUGGGCCCCGGGGCCCCUCGCCUGGCCCUGCCCCACCAGCUGUCCAGCGGCUCCGUGUAUAUGCCGGGCCUGGCUCAGGACUCCGGGGUCCCCCGCAAGGAUUCGGUGGUGAGCGUGCCUGACACAGACUCAGCCAGAUCCCGGCUCUCCUCCAAUUUGUGACCUUCGCAGCGGCCCAGGAUGGGAAUGGGGGCCGGGGACGGGGAGAGGAAGGCUGGGGACCGAGGGCCAAAGAGAGCAUGUCCAGACCCUUCUUCUCUGGUCAGGAGGAGGGGGAGGGAGAUGCCGCCCCCUCACCCCUCUUCCCAGGACUGACUUGAAGCCCACUCAAGCCGCCUUUCCCUUCGGCUCCCCGGGAGGAGCCGCCCUCUCCCUGCUCCCGACCCCCCCAGGCUCCAGGACCCAACAGGCCUCCCCACGCCCACCCACCCCCGCUC